AUAUGAAAUUGGGCAGUUGGAGAGUUGAAAGUGAAGCGCAGCACACGCAAGACGAACAAUUGCAGUAAACAGUCUGAAUUUUAUAAUCAGAAGAAGAAUAAGAAUGGGUUCGGUAAAGAAAUAUUCAGAGGGUCGGCCCUUCGACUCCAACUCGAACUUUCUACGAUGGCGGAUCGUGCCUGCAUUUUUUAAUGGCCGUACGCGUAUUGACUUUUCAGCCGCCAUCUCUCCUCCUCCUCCUCCUCCUUCUUGUGGCCGAAUCUAAUAAUUACUCUGGCAAGUCAAACUUUGGUUUAACCAGUCUUCAUCCCAAUUUCCAUAUCCAAUUAAACAAUUCAUUAGUGCCUCUCCCACCGUAUUUCUCUCUCCCCUUUUUUGUAUUAUAUCUUCUGAAUUCUUCCCUUCUCCCUUUUCUUCGGUCAAAACUUGGAACUCUGCAAAACGCUUUGAAAACAGCAACCUCCACUUUCAAACCCCUUUUGGGUCUUCUUCUUCUUCGCAGUCGUCGCCUCUUCCCCUUUCCAUCAAAACCCAGAGGGAUUGAGCCAAUUCGCCGGAAUUUUGGUGUCUUUUUCGUAGAGAAAUGUCUUUCAACAUCAACCGGUUCGAUCCUCAAUCGGCGGCCGAGAAAGCAGUUUCGGUUAUCGGCUUCGGCUAUGAUCUCUGUAAUGACUUACGAUUGUCUUCUUGCAAACCGGGUCCAUCCGGGUCGAAACUGAUCGACAUCGAUUUCACCCGAACCAGAGACCUUGUACUUCCCGGCGGCGUUGUUGUCCCUAAUGUUUCUACUUCCAUCAACUGCGACAAAGGCGAGCGCACCAGAUUCCGCUCUGAUGUCAUCUCCUUCAAUCAGAUGUCGGAGCUGUUUAAUCAGCAAUUAUCUCUAUCUGGGAAAAUUCCGUCGGGGUUCUUUAACACCAUGUUUGGCUUAAAGGGUUGCUGGCAGAAUGAUGCAGGUUCCACCAGAAGUCUUGCGUUUGAUGGUUGUUUCAUUACACUUUAUAACAUUGAGUUGGAAAAAUCUCAUAUAACUCUCUCUGAGCAAGUCAAACGGGAGGUGCCUUCUUCAUGGGACCCUGCUGCCCUUGCAGAGUUCAUUGAGAAGUAUGGUACUCAUGUGGUUGUGGGUGUAAAAAUGGGAGGAAAAGAUGUCAUUUUCAUGAGGCAAUUACGAGAAUCGAAUGUAGAGCAAACCGAUGUGCAGAAGAAGUUAAAGAAAUUAGCAGAUGAGAAAUUUUCUGAAGAUGCAAAUGGAGGUUUCACGUCAAAUCCUGCAGCAGCAAAAAUCAAGGAUGAAUAUUCUCUGCCGUGGGAGCUUCGUAAUGCAUUUGCUGCCUCUAUCAAACCACCAGUGAUCAAUCACUCAAAGGGUGAUGAGUUGACGGCAAUUUAUAUUAGGAGAGGAGGUGUGGAUGUCGGUCAAAGUCAUAAUCAAUGGCUCUCAACCAUAUCUCAGUCACCUAAUGUUAUCUCGAUGUCCUUCGUGCCGAUAACAUCACUCAUGAAUGGCGUCCGAGGCAAUGGAUUUCUAAGCCAUGCUGUGAACCUGUAUCUAAGAUAUAAACCUCCAAUUGAGGAGCUCCAGCAAUUUCUUGAAUUUCAGCUGCCUAGACAGUGGGCGCCGGUGUAUGCUGAUCUUCCUCUUGCUCCUCGGCAUAGGAAACAAGCUUCUCCAUCUCUCAAGUUUACUUUGAUGGGGCCCAAGCUUUAUGUAAACACUACUAAGGUUGAUUCGCACAAUCGUCCAGUAACAGGAGUUCGCUUGUUUUUGGAAGGAAAGAAAAGUGACCAUCUGGCAAUUCAUCUCCAGCAUCUAUCAACUCUUCCCAAGACCCUCCAACUCUCAGAUGAUCUAAGCUAUCGACCCAUUGAUGAGCCAGAGGAGAAGGGCUAUUUCGAACCAGUUAGAUGGAGCAUAUUCUCUCAUGUCUGCACUGCUCCAGUAGAGUACAAUGGUUCUCUAAUUGAUGAUGACUCUGCUUCCAUCGUCACGAAGGCUUGGUUUGAAGUUAAGGUUAUUGGAAUGAGAAAGGUCUUGUUCCUGAGGCUCGGGUUUUCAAUGGUGGCAUCAGCAGGGAUUCGUCGAUCGGACUGGGAAGGUCCUUCAACAACAUCACGGAAAUCUGGACUCAUCUCCACCUUCAUCAGCACGAGGUUUAGUUCAGGGUUGCAUCAACCAGAAGAGCAACCAAAAAUUGAAUUGAAUUCGGCUGUUUAUCCCGAUGGUCCACCAUUGACUUCUAGAGCGAUGAAAAUGUUGAACAUCAUCGACACGAAAGAAAUGGUACGUGGUCCUGAGAAUUCACCUGGAUACUGGGUGGUUACUGGAGCCAAGCUGUGCGUGGAAGGUGCCCGGAUCUCUAUCAAAGUGAAAUACUCAUUGUUAACCAUAUUGUCGGAGGAUUCUAUGAUCUGAUAAAGAGAGAACUUAGGCAGUGAGUAGAUACAACUAUUUUUCUGCUGUAAAUGUGUUUUGUACAUUAGUCCUCUAUAGUUGGCCACGAAACACCAUCAUUCUUCAUUCAUAGUGAAGCAAACAGUAUUUUGAGAAUGUAAAUUUCUGCUGUAUUAUGCAUUUUUUUAACAAUUUUUUGGAGUGAGAAUUUCUGGUGGCACAGCUUUCUAUGA